GGGGGAGGGAGACUAACAGAGGAAACACUCACAGAGACAGCCCACAAGUCAGACACACAGAGAGAGAGAGACAGGCAGCAGAGAGUGAGUUAACCAGACUGUCAUUUCAUGGUCAUACUGCUAUCCUUAUUAAGACACCAAAGUCUUCUGUCGCCCCUCAUCCUCACUUUCUUCUGCAAUCCUUUGUAAUGAGCAAUUUGCUGACUAUCAUCCUAUUAUUGCUCUGAGGCACUUGGACUGUGCGGAACUCCCAACAUACGACCAACACAUCCUGCCGUCUUUUGAGACCUUUUACUUUGUGCUCGCACGCUAUAUACUGCCUUGGGGAUGCCCCUGUCACUUGUGGCAUUUCACCCACUAUUCCUACUGUCAUGACCCACAAUCCACUACGUAGGCGAGCAUUUUAUUGUCGGGAAUGGGCGCUUCAGAGGCUGCAGCACUACCUAGAAGGGCUUGGAGGAACUCGGACCUCAGGCAUUCUCAUUACUGGGGCUGCAGGAGCUGGAAAGACUGCUCUUUGUAAAGAGAUCAUAUGGCCUUCUUCAGCGGCCGGGCACUGCUCACAUUUGAGCACCAGGGUCUUGGCAUACCACUUCUGUCAAGCUCACACACAUGCCAGCCUAAACCCUCAUCAGUUCAUUGUCGGCCUGGCACAGCAGCUCAGGGAGAGCUCUCUCAUUGACGGUUACAAGGAGGACAUCAAGGGAGACAAUGAUAAAGGAGAUCUAGAUGAUGCCUUCAAGCGGAUGGUUGUCGAGCCCCUCAUGGCUGUGCCUCCCCCCUCACAGAACAUAUUGCUCAUUGUUGAUUCUCUUGAUGAAAUGUGUUGCUGUUGUCAGUCAGAUGGAUUCCUUGCUGAAUCAAGUUUUACGAUUGCAGAGCUUCUUGUCAAUAACCUCCAGCUCCUGCCUCCAUGGCUGCUGCUUGUCUGUAGCGCUCGGCGCCAAAACAAAGCUCUAACAAGGAUGUUCUCAGGUUUUCGAAAACUUUGCUUGGAUGACCUUCGGAAAGCUCACGUUGUACGAGAUGUGCAGCAGUACAUCCUUUGUCGCCUAGACCAUGAGGAGAGCCUUCGCCAACACCUGACUCUUGACACUGCGGAAAUGCUGAACCAACUUCAUAUAAAGAGUAAUGGCUGCUUUCUGUACCUGGAGCGGGUUAUAGAUGGUGUUUCAGAGGGUUCCAUUCUCUUACGAGAGAUCCGCCACAUUCCUGGCACAUUGAACGGAUUGUACUUAUGGCUGUGCCAAAGACUAUUCCCUGGAAAGCAGUUCUGCCAGGUGCAGGCACUGCUGAAUGUUCUUCUGGCCUCCUCACAGCCCCUUUCUCAAUAUCAGCUGCACCAGGCCGUGUGGACAAAGCAAGUGACAGACCGGAGCACAGAGGACUUCAACAAGAAUUUGAAUGCUAUUUCUGGACUGCUGCUUCCUUUGGAUGACCUCGGAGAUAUGCAAGUCCUUUUCCAUCAUAGCUUCUCAGAGUGGCUCCUGGAUGUGAAAUAUUGCUCUCAGAAAUACCUUUGUAGUGUGGCUGAAGGUCACAGCAUGCUCGCAAUGAGCCUUUCUGCCCAUGCUUCAAAUCUCAAUCCUGAUGAGGUUCAUAAGCUUGCCCGACACCUUCUGCUUUCUGAUUUGCUAGGGCUGGAACCCUCUCACUUAGCUCUUUGGCUGCUCUGGCUAGAUGUGCCUGUCUCCCAAUGCCUCUCCUCUAAUGUUUCUCUGGAACUGGAAGUGCUACAGCUGCUGCUUUUGGCAGGAGGUGCAUUGGAUAGUACCUCUAAUGUGGUGGACUCCAGUGCUCUCAGGAGAACAUUGGUAAAGGGAAAUUCUGUGGAAAUGCUGAUAGAAAGUGGAGCUGGAUUGCACCAGAGGGAUAGGUCUGGAAGGACUUUGCUGGCUGCUGCAGCCUAUGCUGGGAACUUGGAAGCUGUAAACCUGAUGAUCUCUAGGGGAGCAAAUCUUGAAGCCAUUGAUGGCGAAGGCCAGACUUCUUUGGGACUUGCAGCACACCAUGGUAAUCUCAGUGUGGUACAGAUGCUGCUCCAACAUGGUGCCCAUCAUAACCACACGGAUUGCCGUGGGUGGACGCCUCUUCGCUCAGCAGCAUGGGCAGGGCACACAGAUAUAGUAGAAGUAUUACUGGCAUCUGGUGCACAGCCCGAUGUAUCUGGCCCUGAUGGACGUACUGCACUCAGAGCAGCAGCAUGGGGUGGCCAUGAGGGGCCAAUUAGAGCUUUAUUAGCAGCUGGGGCUGAGAUAGAUCAUGCAGAUGCAGAAGGUCGUACCCCUCUCAUGGCAGCUGCCUACAUGGGUCACAAAACUGUGACAGAGCUUUUACUGGCAGCAGGGGCUGAUGUAAAUAAAUGUGAUUCGGAAGGGAGGAGCGCACUAGCUGUGGCCUCUCUUUGUGUGCCAGCUGGACAUGAGUACCCUGAAUUGGUUUCCUUGUUAUUGGAGCAUGGGGCAGAUCCUGAGCUUGAUGAUAAGGAUGGUGUUACUCCACUGCUGGUGGCUGUGUAUGAAGGCCAGGCUGAGGUGGCUGAGCUGCUUCUUGAGGCUGGAGCAGAUCCUAACCGAGCUGACAAAAGUAGGAUGACUCCUCUACUGGCAGCUGCUUCUGGGGGCCAUGCUGAAGUAAUAAGGGUAUUGCUUCUCUGGGGUUCCACAAUAGAUGCUACUGACUCCGAAGGUCGAUCAUCUCUUGCAAUGGCAGCUGCAGCAAAUGGGGGAGAACAGGCAGUAAGAGUUCUACUAGAUCGAGGCCUAGAUGAGAAUCACAGGGAUCGACUAGGCUGGACACCUCUGCACUGGGCAGCCUGUCAAGGAAGGAGAAGCUCCUGCAGGGCACUGAUUGAAGGAGGAGCUAAAGUGGGUAUUAGAGACUAUGAGGGCUACACGCCAUUUCUCUUGGCAUCUCAAGAAGGUCACACAGGUUGUGUGGAACUACUAUUGAAUCGUGGCUCACACAUAGAGCAGUGCACCAAUGAUGGAAGGACCGCAUUGUGCUUGGCAGCUCUGGCAGGUCAUAGAUCAACUGUGGAACUACUGUUAAGAAGAAGAGCAGAUCCCAAUGUGAAGAACAGACAUGGGAAACCUCUACUUUAUCUGCUCGUUCUAGAGGGACAGUUAGAUAUGGUAGAGAUACUGUUGGAGCAUGGAGCUGACCCUGAAGGAAGUGACCUUGAGGAUCGUACAGCUCUACAUGCCUGCUGCUGGCAGGGAGAUUUGGAAAUGACUCAUCUUCUUUUGGUAAAGGGUAGAGCACAGCCCAAUUCCUGUGAUGUGGAAAAGAGAACUCCUUUACACUGUGCUGCCUGGAGAGGACAUGCUAACAUUGCACAUAUUCUUCUAGACAAUGGGGCCUUCUCUGAUGCACAAACAUCCCAGGGUGCCACCCCACUCUGUAUUGCAGCCCAAGAAGGACACGAAGAACUGGCUAAGGUGCUACUGGAAGAGGGGAGGUCCUGUCCACAUCAUGCUGACCACUAUGGACGUACGCCUAUACGUGUUGCAGGAAAAGGUGGCCACAUAACAAUAGUGAAUUUAUUGGAGAAGUAUGGUGUCCCACCAUAUCAUGGUCCUUUGGGAAUAACCCAUGAUAACGUAAUAUCAGUGGGAAAGACAGUUGAAGGAAGUGAUGGCAGCUGGUCAACCCUUUCUCCAGUGUCCACAGGAAGCCACUCACAGGGCAAUUCACUGAAGAGUUCUAAAGGAUCCAUAUUGACCUCAUCAACCUACCAUUCCCAAGCCACUGUACUGAUGGACAGCCUGACAUUUACACAACAGCUUCAGCAGCAAUCCCUACCUCGCAGCCGCUCCCGGCAAACAAUUGCACUUACUGAAAUAACCACAUUUGAAGACCAUAAUGAUUAUAGGACUCCUCCUGUUAUAAACCAGUAUCCCAGCUCGUUCCUUGAAGUCGAGAAAUGUGAAAAGUUUAGAACGGACAAGCCAAGUUCCCAAGAUCAUGAACUGAAGCGGAACGAGAUUCUUACAAAUCCAAACUAUGUAAGCCCCUUAUACACACCUUGGAAAAUUUCUGAUCGUGAAUGCUCUUCGGUUAUGACCACUAUCACUUCAUCAUCACAGGACAAUUGCUUCAAUCCACUAAAAACCAGUAGCUCUGGCUAUUCCUCAAGCAGAACUGUAAAUAUUUCCCACAAAAAGACUGGAAAUUCCAUAAAAAGUGAAGACCUUGUGCACUCUCUGGAAAAACAGGGGGAACCUACAUCAUAUCUGCAUAUUUUGGGCCCUGCAAACUCUCACGAGAAUGAAGAAAUUUUAUGUUCUUACAGAAAAAUAGGUAAUGUGACCCCAGAUGGAAAAAAUGGGGACCCUGUAAUCUAUACCAAGAAACUGGGCCAUGCACAUAUUUCCAUGAACAUCAGGAAGCCAGCAUGCUCUCCCAAAAAAACAAUUGAUGCAAAAUUCACUCCCUGUGAGAUUGACAUCCCUGUGUACUCCCCCGGCAAGUCUGGGAACCCUGUGUACUCCCCCGGCAAGUCUGGGAACCCUGUGUACUCCCCCGGCAAGUCUGGGAACCCUGUGUACUCCCCCGGCAAGUCUGGGAACCCUGUGUACUCCCCCGGCAAGUCUGGGAACCCUGUGUACUCCCCCGGCAAGUCUGGGAACCCUGUGUACUCCCCCGGCAAGUCUGGGAACCCUAUGUACUCCCCCGGCAAGUCUGGGAACCCUGUGUACUCCCCCGGCAAGUCUGGGAACCCUGUGUACUCCCCCGGCAAGUCUGGGAACCCUGUGUACUCCCCCGGCAAGUCUGGGAACCCUGUGUACUCCCCCGGCAAGUCUGGGAACCCUGUGUACUCCCCCGGCAAGUCUGGGAACCCUGUGUACUCCCCCGGCAAGUCUGGGAACCCUGUGUACUCCCCCGGCAAGUCUGGGAACCCUGUGUACUCCCCCGGCAAGUCUGGGAACCCUGUGUACUCCCCAGGCGAGGCUGAUGAUGGUGGAUGCUCUUCACACAAGGCUACCAUUGCUAAGGUCCAGUCUCCAGUUAUCUCUAUUACUACCAUGGACCCUCAGCUUCACCUGAAACAGGCCAUCAAGCUGCAAUUUGAGGGCCGUACCUGUGGUUUCAACAUGAGGAAGGAGACCCCUCUGUGA